AUGCCACCUCGCAAGAAGACUUCCAGCUCUUCCAAGAAGGCCAAGAGCAAGAUCGAUGACAAGAAAGCCGCACCUCCAAGUACGAAAAAGGCAACCCCGAACAACCAGACGGCUCGAGCUGCUCUCAGAAGACAACCAUCAAACGAAGCUAUCUCUUUAAAUGAACAUGAAGGCAAAGAGCAAGAUGGAGUUAAGCCGUCAGAUGAGAUAUUGGAAGACGCCGUCGAAGCACCUGCAGACAGGUUAACUCCAUUUCCCGAUGAGGUACUGAAGCGCAUCUUCGAAUAUUGCUUGGAAGAGGGAAAAGAAGGGUAUUACGUCGCUCAGAAGACCUUGGCUACUUUAUUACGAGUCAAUAGCGUAUUCCUGAAGAUUGCCGGUGCUGUCCUAUACGACUCUCCUAUCGUCAUCAACACCGAAUCAUUCUUCCUCGGAUCGCAUCGCUCACUUGAAACGGGCAGAGGAUACAUCUUUGCUCCAGAACAGCAUGGAGGUAAUAUCAGAAAAUACCUUGAAUCUUUGACUGGAGGUAAAGAUACGAAAUUACCAUUACUUGAUCAUGUUCGACAUUUACGAAUUGUAUCGCCUAUCGUACCAAAGAUCAUCGAUGGUGAAGAAUUACCAGUAACUCAGGAAUAUAUCGAUAAGCUACUAGAUGAUGAUGAUGAUGAUGAGAGUGAUUAUGGGUGCGAGGUGUAUCACAAUACAGUGAACAUACUAUCCACUGAACGAACCCAGAAUCACUUGACACCUAAUCUUAUUAGUAUAUCUAUUGGAAGUCCACUUAGAAUCGAUCUCGAUUUCGAUCUCGAUCCCGACAAGAAUGAUAUUCACUCUGUGAUUAGAUUGGCACAGCUGGAAAAUUACUUUGGAGUUGGCAUCGCGUUGAUGCGAACGCAUCUAUGGAAAAGGUGUCUACCCAUCGAAUGGAUCGAAUAUCAAAACGAGAUAACAGGGUAUUAUCGACCUGAGAAAUUGAAGAGAUCACCUAUGAGAUCGCCAUGGAUCAAAGAUGACGAACAAUAUAUACCUGAGAUACAUACGAUAUAUACAACACUGUUAGAAUCGUUUUCUAUCAUUUGGGGUUCAGUCAAUAAGAUCAUCUUGAGAAAACCUACCGAAAAGGAGGACAAGUGGAAGAAAUUACGUUUGGUCAACUACGUGGCAAUGGGCGCCUUAUCACCUGAUUCCCUUUCAAAGGCAAUGUCAAGGGAUAGAUCCGAUGCAGAAGAUGGAAGUGAGAAUGAUCGGAGGAUGAUGUAUAUGGAUUAUAAGACCUUGAAUCCACAGGCUACUAAGAAAAUCAUCUCAAAUAUCAUCAAAGAUUCACAUCCCGUCAAAUACACUAAGCCCAAGAUCACAGCCAAGUUGAAGAGAAAAUUGGAAGAUGAGACCGGAGUCGAAGUAUAUGGAUAUGAAGAAGUGCAUGGAUUAGGGCAAGAUGAAUAUGACCAGAUUUGGAAUAGACGUAAAGAGAUUUUGAGAGAUUGGGCGAAGGAUAAGAAAGUUGAUAUGUCAUAUGUGCAAGAACAGAUUGAGAUGGUUGGAUAUAAUUUGGAUAAUGACGAGUACAAUACAUCCCCUCCUCAACAGCAAUCAUCCGAAGAUGAUGAUGGAGAGGAAGAAGAAGACGACGACAAUGUAGAUGAGCCCUUAUCGGAAGAAGCGCAACACAGGAGAUUGGACCGAGCGAAAUUGAGAUUCUGGUUGGCUCAUGCAGAUUAUGAUCUGAUCAAAUCUAUGCAUGAUGAAUUCAAGUAUAAAGAUAGGAAAUGGCUAAAUGGUAAUGAAGGAUCAGGUAUAAAAAUUAGAUUCAGACCGAUGUGCGAUAUGUUGGAUCUUGGUGAUAGUUAUAUACAGAGAGGGUUUGAUCCUGAGUGGGAUCCGAUAAUGGUCUGGUGA